AUGCAAGAAAUUGUAGAUAAGAAUGGUAAUAAAGUUCAAAAGAGUAAUUUGAAUGAUGAAAUAAAAAUAAUCUUUACCGAUUUAGAUGGAACAUUAUUAAAUAGUGAGAACAAGGUUUCAGAACAGAAUUUGGAUAGUUUAAUAAAAGCAAAAGAAAAGGGCAUAAAGGUUGUUAUAGCAACAGGUAGAUCAAUAUUUUCUGUUGAAAAUGUUAUAGGAGAGCAUGUAAAAAAGAAUAAAAUAAGUUUAUUACCAGGAAUAUAUUUAAAUGGAUGUAUAACAUUUGAUGAAAAAGGUUCAAGAGUAUUAGAUAGAAUUAUGAAUAAUGAAUUAAAAAUGGAAAUACAUGAAUUUUCAAAAAAAAUAGAUAUAUCAAAAUAUGCAAUAUGGUUUUGUUUAGAAAAAACAUAUUGUUUUGAAAUGAAUGAUUGUAUACGUGAAUACAUGGAAGUUGAAGCAUUAAAUCCUGAUGUUAUUGAAGAUACAUUGUUAGAUAGUUUAACAGUAUAUAAAGUAUUAUUUUCAUUACCAGAAAAUAUAUUAGAAAAUACAUUAAAAUUAUGUAGAGAAAAAUUCUCUCAUCGUAUUAAUGUUGCUAAUACAUUUCAAAGUUAUGUUGAAUUAUUUCAUCAACAUACUAAUAAAUUUGAAGGAGUUAAAGAAAUUUGUAAACAUUAUAAUAUAAGUCUAAACAAUGCAUUAGCAAUGGGAGAUGGAGAAAAUGAUAUUGAAAUGUUAAGUGGAUUAACAUAUUCUGUUGGUGUUAAUAAUGCUUCUGAGAAGGUGAAAAAUUCAGCUGCUUAUGUUGGACCUUCAAAUAAUGAUCAUGCUAUAUCUCAUGUCUUGAAGACAUUCUGUGACAUCUAA